CAGGCGGGUGGCGGCGGCCGUGCUUGGUAGUGAGGGCGGGAGGGAGUGAGUCACUGAGCGUGUGUGAGGGAGGGAAGGAGCAAGCGGGCGAGCGAGCAGCUCGCGCCGUUCGCCCGCAGCACCAGCCAGGCCCCGCCGCCGCCCCGCAGCCCAGCGCCGAGGCCGGGCCGAGCCGAGCUGGGUCGGGCCCGGGCCAUGCUGCUCACCGUGUACUGUGUGCGGAGGGACCUCUCCGAGGUGACCUUUUCCCUCCAGGUCGACGCAGACUUCGAGCUGCACAACUUCCGCGCGCUGUGCGAGCUCGAGUCCGGCAUCCCCGCAGCGGAGAGCCAGAUUGUCUAUGCUGAAAGACCUCUCACAGACAACCACAGAUCGCUGGCUUCCUACGGCUUGAAAGAUGGGGACGUUGUGAUUUUACGACAGAAGGAGAACGCCGACCCUCGACCUCCAGUGCAGUUCCCAAACUUACCCCGCAUAGACUUCCGUAGUAUAGCCGUGCCCGGCACGUCAGGCUCCCGUCAGCGCCAGCCACCAGCACAGCAUUCCCACUCAUCUCCUGGAGACAUAGCUUCAUCUCCUCAGGGCUUGGACAAUCCGGCCUUGCUCCGAGACAUGUUGCUGGCCAACCCCCAUGAGCUGUCCUUGCUGAAGGAACGCAACCCGCCCUUGGCAGAUGCUCUGCUCAGUGGAGACCUUGAGAAAUUUUCUAGGGUCCUGGUGGAGCAGCAGCAGGACCGAGCCCGGAGAGAGCAAGAGAGGAUUCGUCUCUUUUCUGCUGACCCUUUUGAUCUUGAAGCUCAGGCAAAAAUAGAAGAAGAUAUAAGGCAACAGAACAUUGAGGAAAACAUGACGAUAGCUAUGGAAGAGGCUCCUGAAAGUUUUGGCCAAGUAGUGAUGCUUUAUAUUAACUGCAAAGUGAACGGACACCCUGUGAAAGCCUUCGUUGACUCAGGUGCCCAGAUGACUAUUAUGAGCCAAGCUUGUGCAGAAAGGUGUAACAUAAUGAGGCUGGUGGACCGUCGGUGGGCAGGGAUCGCCAAAGGAGUGGGCACCCAGAAGAUUAUUGGAAGGGUACAUCUAGCUCAGGUUCAGAUUGAAGGCGAUUUCCUGGCCUGUUCGUUCUCUAUACUUGAGGAGCAGCCCAUGGACAUGCUUCUGGGACUGGACAUGCUAAAGCGGCAUCAGUGUUCCAUUGACCUCAAGAAAAAUGUGCUCGUGAUCGGCACCACCGGCUCUCAGACCACCUUCCUCCCCGAGGGAGAGUUACCGGAGUGUGCCCGGUUGGCAUACGGGGCUGGGCGAGAGGACGUGCGGCCGGAGGAGAUUGCGGACCAUGAACUAGCAGAAGCUCUUCAAAAGUCCGUAGAGGACGCAGAGAAAAGCGGUAAAGAAACUACCUCACUGGGAAUGUCAUCAUUACCAACUUCAGAUGGAUGUAACCAUCCAGCCCAUCCUUUAGGACAGAGUCCUGCGAUUGGUAAUCCUAUGAGUCUUGCUCACUCUGUCUCUGCUUCAGUCUGCCCUAUCAAGCCCAGUGACCCGGACAGCAUCGAACCUAAAGCUGUGAAGGCUUUGAAGGCUUCAGCUGAACUCCAGAUAACCUCUGAAAAGAAAGAACAUCUUCCUCUCCAGGAUCUUCCUGAUAGUGCUUCUUCAGCAGACCACAGUCCAGCCCUGCCUUUGCAGAAUUCCUCCGAAGAAGCCAUCGUUGCUGAUAACAUGGAGAAAUCUGCUGAAAGAAGCAUCCAGGGCCCGAGAUCUCAUCUCCACACAAGACAGCAAGGUAGUGUACCUGUCACAACCACUAGGGUGCAAGAACCACCGGGGCUUCUAGGUGGGAAGGGGCAGCAUCCAGAAAGUCAGAACCUGCCUCAGGUGAGUGGCCUUUGGCGGCACAAGGAACCAGGGAAUGAACAGCACGGGGUUGGACAACAGAAUGCUCUAAAUGACCAGGAGCAUCUCUGUGACACAGAGGACUCUGAGCUUUUUGGAGAAAGGCAACAGAAUCAGCAAAGAAGUGUUGAUUUGGAAACGGCAGUGAAAGGAGACGGGCUACAACAGAAUGUGGACCUUCCGCGUACAGAAGAAAAUACUCUACCUUCAGGGUGCUUUGGCUGCUCGAAUUCAGAAACACUUAUGGAAGUAGAGACGGUUGAAGAAUCCCUCGUCGCACUAUGUAAUUCCGCACGUGGUCAGCAGGCCAGUGUCAGGGACAUCGGGGCAUCUGCUCUCAGCUUAGAUAAUCCCUUGAUGGAAGUGGAACCAUCAAAAUGUAACCCUUCAUCUGAAAUUUUGAGUAAUUCCAUUUGCACUCAGGAUUUACAGCUCCCAGACAGUAACAUUGAAAUGUCUGGAACAGGUAAAGAAGAUGGGGAUUGCUCCCCCUCUUUAAGUCUUUGUGGCAGUUGUCAGCCCUCUGUGGAGUCAGCGGAGGAAUCCUGCUCAUCUCUAACCGUAGCCUUGAAGGAACUCCAUGAACUUCUGGUCAUUAGUAAUAAACCAGCUUCAGAAAAUACAUCUGGGGAAGUUAUCUGUCAGUCUGAAAUGGUAACCGAGGGCCAAACAGUUAUUAAGGACCUUUCUGAAAGAUGGACCCAACGUGAGCAUCUUACAGUUACCCAGAAUGAAGAGAGUUCACAAGUCACCUUUCAUCAGACCAUAUCUGUAUCGGUGAGGGUAGAGAAGUUACCAGAUGCUUCAGAUGGUGCUGGAGUAGAUGCAGUCGAAAGUAGUACCGUUGGGGAUCCGGGUGAUGGCCUAGUAAUGGAUAAGGAAAGUGACCCUGAGUCUAGGGAAUCCAGAAGGGAGAGCAGCUCUGCCACUCUGGCCUCCACUAAAACGUCACAUCAGUCACACUGCACCGUAGGUGUGGACAUUGCCCCCAAACUCAUAGCAGGCGAGGAGGAUGCAGUCAGUCACACUUGCGAGCAAACGAAGUAUGAAACCAGUUUCAUACUGGUUGAAGAUUUGGGUCAGGGCACACAGAAACCAGUGCCAGACAGGCCAGAGACCAGAGAAGAUGUCUGUCCCGAAGCUGCAGAGCCACGUCUUGAAUUUGAACCACCUCCCAGCCAGCCAUCAGCAAGUCCCUCCAUCCUUUCACCAUUAAUUUUUCCCGCCGCAGACAUUGACCGCAUUCUCCGCGCCGGCUUCACUUUGCAGGAAGCUCUUGGGGCUUUGCAUCGAGUUGGUGGAAAUGCAGACCUUGCACUUCUUGUUUUGCUAGCAAAGAACAUUGUAGUUCCUACAUAACCAUGGAGCAGGGGGCUAGACCGUACUCCAUUCCCUUCAGAAAAGCUAUACACACACGUACACACUCACCACAUAUACAGUAUAUGUAGAAACCUGCAAGCAGAAUGUUGAGCCAGAUUUUUUUUAAAGAUUCUUUUCGGCCAAAGUAACUUAUCUCUUGUCUGAUGAAUUUGUCUAUUCUCUUUGUUAAAAUUUGGGCCUUUUUAAAUGUAUUGGCAGUAUGUGCAUACAGAAGCUUUUUAUUAUCAUUAAGAUGAUGUAUUCUGGAAUAAAAUUGAUGGUUUUGUGUAUAGCAUA